AUGGCCUUUGGAGCUCCCCGAGGACGUGGCGGUGACCGCGGUGGUCGUGGAGGACGAGGUGGCUUUGGCGGACGUGGUGGUGGUGACAGAGGUGGUCGUGGUGGUGGACGCGGCGGUUUUGGCGGCCGUGGUGGUGACAGAGGUGGUCGCGGAGGUGGUCGAGGUGCCCCCAGAGGCCGCGGUGCCCCUCGCGGUGGACGCGGUGGUAAGCCAGGUGCCCGCGGUGGUGCCAAGGUCAUCGUUGAACCCCACCGUCACGGCGGUGUUUUCGUCGCCCGUGGUGGAAAGGAAGAUCUUCUUGUCACCAAGAACAUCACCCCUGGUGAAGCUGUAUACGGCGAGAAGCGCAUAUCCGUCGAGGCCCCCUCCACAGAUGGCGAAGGAGCCGCUACCAAGGUCGAAUACCGUGUCUGGAACCCCUUCCGAAGCAAGCUUGCUGCCGGUAUCCUCGGUGGUCUUGAUGACAUCUACAUGAAGCCUGGUUCUAAAGUCCUCUAUCUCGGAGCUGCCAGCGGAACCUCAACCGGCGGUGGUGUUAUUGUCAGUGUCAAGGCCAACUGUAUUGACAGUACUGCCAAGCCAGAGGUUGUGUUUGCCAAAGAGGUGCAAAAGAUGAGGGAGGAGAAGAUAAAACCAAAGGAGCAGCUUACACUUGAACCUUUCGAGCGUGACCAUUGUAUCGUCGCUGGUAUCUACCGAUCAACUUAA